CGUGGUCGCAUGAUUAUGACGUGCCCGGAUGUCCUUGUCCUCUGGAUGCAGCAGGCGCUGUCAUGGCGUCUCCGAUCUUGUACCCCGUGUUACGGUUCUUACGAGCUGGCAUUGGGAAUGUCGCCCGCGGAAAUGUGUGCCCGGCUGGUAUCGGGACCCGAGGACUGCGCGAAUAUUGAAGGACAACUUAUGGAGGAUAAACCAGCUGUCUCGCCCCCCAACCCUGCCGGCCAAUGCCCAAUCUGUCGCUGGAACCUCAAACAUAAAUAUACAUAUACGGACGUUCUCCUCCUGAGUCAGUUCAUCCGCUCUGAUGGGGGCAUGUUACCUCGCAGGGUCACUGGUCUGUGUAUGGAAGAGCAUAGGAAGGUGGAAACAUGCGUCAAAAUGGCCCACCGAGCUGGCCUCCUGCCCGACCACCGGCCAGUGCUUCCAGAGGGACAUGUCCCAAAGCCAAAGUUUGAGUUGAACAGGUACCUCACCCGAUGGUCUGUCGGAACCACCAAACCCAUCCUGAAGAAGGGGAUGAAAUGGUCCAAGGUGCGGAUGUCUGUGGGAGAUCCCAUAUUAAAGGACAACGUGCGAUAUGGAAAGAAGCCUCUCUACCUAAAGCACUAACCCCACCAGGGGGCCCAAGUGACCCCAGGAUUCUUCCUGCUACUCCUGUAGCCAACACGGUACAGGUUCAUAAGCUCCAGCAUUGUUACUGUGUGACUAUAGGUUGAAUAUUGUACAUAAUUUCCUCAAUUGCCCAAUAAAGCAUCUGUUUCUUUUGGAA